UAGGUCCUACAUGUGAACCCAAUAGCUACCCACGGAGUAUUACAAUUUGACUUCCUCUAGUCUCAUAUUUUUUUGUUUUAUACUAAAAAAAUGAGAGAUGCAGCAUUCUAAGGCUACAUAGAUAGAAAAUAUUUAUUCAAACUUGGGUAUUCUCCAGGGAGAGUGUGGAGCAAUUAUACUUAUCAGAGGAAGAAACGUCAAAGGGAAAUAAAAGCGAAAUGUUUUCCACAGGAGUCUUCCUUUUGACUGUUUUGAUUUCGACUGCGGAGGCUGGCCCGUGGGCUACUAUGUGUGCUGGCAAGUCUUCCAAUGAGAUCAGGACGUGUGACAGAUAUGGCUGUGGCCAUUACGGUGCUAGAAGAGGCAGCAGGACCCAUCGGGGUGUGGAUGUCUUGUGCUCUGAUGGAUCUACUGUGUAUGCACCUUUCACCGGAACGAUCGUGCGCCAAGCGAAGCCUUAUAGAAAAAACAAUGCCAUCAACAAUGGUGUUCAGAUCUCUGGAAGCGGUUUCUGUGUGAAAAUGUUCUACAUUAAGCCAAUUAAACAUAAUGGUUCUAUCAAUAAGGGAGAAAAACUUGGAACUCUACUGCCCAUGCAGGAAGUUUAUCGUGGCAUACAAUCCCAUCUCCAUAUUGAAAACUGUGACUCUAGUGAUCCCACUGUGUACCUGUAAGUGGAGGAUAGAUGACCAGAUCUUCCAGCUAGAAAGCCAUCUUCAUAAAGCCUGAAUGCACAUCCUGCUUUUCAAGAAAUUUGUAUUCAAACAGCAGCAUGAUGAAUGCAAGGAAGAAAAGAGUAUUUUGAUUUCAGCUCACUGCCUCUUUGAUAUUUUAGUAUGUCGACCCAUUUCUCGGGGCUCUCUGACCUUUCUACAACCUAUGAGAGCUGGGGUGGUGUCCUUUUGUUUGUAUUUGUUUGAAAGGUUUCUUAGCCCUAAAUAUAUAGGAUAAAUAAACACACAAAUUCAAACUGA